AUGAACAGUAAAAAAGCAUUACCUGUCUCAACCAUUGUUAGUGGCUUUUGUUUCAGUCGUUGUGCCCAAAAGAUGAGAGUUCUGGAGUUAUCACCCUCAGAUGGCAAUGGUUCCUCUACUAAUGAAGAUGAACCUUUACCUCAGGAUGCAGAUUAUAGUAAUGUUCUGAGUAUUAGUGACGAGCUAGAGACUUCAAUCUUUGCAAGAUUUCCAAGGUCGCAGCACUGGAAAUUGUGCUUUCUAAACAAGCGGUUCUUGGCGCUAGCCAGGAGUGGCGAGAUCUACCAAAUAAGGAAAGAGUUAGGACUCAAAGAACCAUCGGUAUUCAUGUUAGCUAGUGGGGAGAGCAAUUGGUGGGGAAUGGAGUGGCCUUUCAAGUCAAGCAGGAAGCUCCCUCCUAUUCAAUCAGAUUAUAGUUUCGAGUUUGGAGACAAGGAGUCAUUUUGUGCAGGACCCCACCUAUUAGUUUCAGGCAAGGAAAUCCAUGGAGCUGUAAUUUGGAGGUUUGAUUCAACAAAUAAUGAAUGGCUCAAAGGACCAUCUAUGAUCAACCCAAGGUGUCUUUUUGCAUCAGCCACAUGUGGUGCUAUUGCUUUUGUUGCUGGGGGUCUUGAUGCAACAACCUACACCCAAGUCUUGGAUUCUGCUGAGAAGUACAACUCUGAAAGCCAGUGUUGGGAACCCCUCCCAAGGAUGAACAAAAGGAGGAGGUUUUGCUCCGGUUGCUUCAUGGAUAACAAGUUUUAUGUCCUUGGAGGGCAAGAUGAGCAUGGGAGGGACCUCACAUGUGGGGAAUUCUUUGAUGGGAAGACAAAUAGUUGGAACUUGAUUCCUGACAUGUGGAAGGAUAUUCCUCUUUUUGUUGCACAGAGUCCACCUCUUCUUGCUGUUGUCAACAACGAGUUGUACACACUGGAUGCUUCUUCCAAUGAGCUGAAAAUGUAUGUGAAGGGAAGCAAUUCUUGGAAGACUUUGGGAGUGGUUCCUGUGAGAGCUGAUGCACAAGGAGGUUGGGGCGUGGCUUUCAAAUCUCUAGGUGAUGAAUUACUUGUGAUUGGGGCACCUUGUGUGUCACACUCAGAGCGAGCCUUGUGUAUGUACACUGGUUGCCCUGAUCCUGCUGAUGAGAAAUUGAGGUGGAGACAAAUUGGAAGUGGCAGCAUUCAGCUCAAUCACUUUAUCCGCAAUUGUGCUGUGAUGGGGACCUGA